AUGGAAAAAUUGAAAUUUAUUAUUAUUAUAUUUACAUUUUUAUUAUACAGUUUAAAUGCAAAUCAUUUUCCCAUUAAUUUGGGUGGGUUAUUUACAAUUAAUCAGUUAUCAUUCUAUAAUCAAUAUUGGCCAUCGAUUAAAAUGGCACUUAAUCAUAUUAAUUCAGCAAUCAUUACACAAAAUAUUACAUUAAUUCUUAAUGAAACUGAAGGAAUCACUCAAGUAAGUGAAGAAAAGAUUGAUGAUUAAAUUAAUAAUAUCGAAAAACUUUUUGUCUGAAAAAUAACAAUUCAUUUGCAGCGAAAAAACAGCUUUUUUUCUAAGAGUUACAUUUCAAAAAUCAACUAAACCUGUUACAGUUCACGAUGUCUAUUCUUCAAACGGGAACGCCUUCUUCGUUCUCGUUUAUUGAACGGGAAUUAAAAGAAAUAGUUCUCGUUGCUGAACUAAGAAUGGUCCAACAGUUCAUGUUCAUAGGAGCGAGAAUUGACUUACCAGCUCUAAUUUCUUCAAACAGAAACUA